UCUCAUUAGGGGAGGGGCGUGAACCCCGCUGCAGAGGGCGGGGCCAGUUUCGGAGGUGGCAGCAGGAGUUGGACGCUUUGGAGCUGAAGAGUGAGGACAUGGUGAGGAGCGCUGUCUGCACAGCUGCUGGAGGAGGUUUCCAUAACCCAAACACAAGAGCCAAACAUGGCAGGAAAACCAUUCCGAGCCACCUAUAUUUGGACCAGCAUCAUUUCCAAUCUGCACACCCAGGUGGAGGUGAAGCAGCGGCGCCACAACCUGAAGUCCUACCAGGACUGCUUUCUGGGCUCGGAGGCCGUGAAUGUGGUGCUGGCCCACAUCACCGCCAACCGUUUCUUCGGUGACGAGGCGGUGCCCCGCUUCAAGGCCGUUCGUCUCUGCCAAGCCCUCAUGGACUCAAAGGUUUUCGAGCCGGUGGGGGUCAGAGUCUUCAGGAAGGAGAAGAAGAAAGCCGUGUUCGAGGACAGCAGUCACAGUUUGUAUCGGUUCUUGGGUGCAGCGACCGCCUCUUCGCCGACGAUGGCCAACACCAGCUUCAACGCUGCUAUAGAGAAUGGCUACGACCCGACGCCCAUGGACCAGAGCAUCUAUACGGAAGAAAGUCAAGAAAUGCCGAGCUAUACCCCCCACUCCCCCGUGAAAAAGCAGCACUCAACAGAGGAAAGGUUAGGAACGCUUGGCCUCAGCUCGCCUCUCACCCCUCGGAUGAUCAACCUCGGCCUCUCGGAAGAACGUCUACAUGAACUGUGGCACCAGCAGGCCGUGACCAGACUGCUACAACUGAUUGAGCUUCCUCUAUUGGAGGAUUUGCUUGAAGGCGAGGAAGUUUCAAAGCUGCAUCUGAGCAGCGCGGACGGUGAUCCGGAUCUGUUAUACAAUUCAAUCUACUUGGACAGAGAAGUCCUGAAAGCCUUCAGUGAAGCGCAUUCUGAUGAGUGGAUGCUGAGCGCAGUCGACUGCCUGGAGUUUUUGCCUGGAAAGCUGGUGGUGGAGGUCAGCCGAGGGUUGGCUGCUUCUGCAGGCGACCUGCAUUGCUGCAAGAGGCUGCUUUACCAGGUCUUGACCCGGCAUUACAGUCGCCUUCAACAGCCCCCUCUGCUCAGCAACCAUAUUUUUGAUAUCCACUCUGGCAUCUCAGAACUACUCGUAAAUGGAAAGUUUGAGCGAGCUCUGGAGGCGCUGCAGCUGAGCGUGAAGCUGCAGGACGCUCGGAGCAGAGAGGAGCUCCGGAGGCUCCUAAAAUUCAUGACCACUGCAGCCAGACCCCACGAGGUGAAAAUCCACAAGGAGACUGAGAACAGACUGGCGGUGAAGAGGUCUUUCUCAAGCGCCAUCGUCUACAGCAGAAGGCUCUCUAAAGGAAAGUCGGGCUUGAUGGUUCUGUUCAUGAUGGACAAUCACAGUGAUCUGUUUAAAAUUCCCAUAACCCUGCAGAAGGCAGUAAAUGAAAGAAUAAUAAAUAUCAUGAACGGGAAAGAUCCAGACACAAUAACAGGAUUGUCGUACUGCACAAGAGUAAGUGCAAAGGUGUUCUCUGAAAAUGCAGAGAAAGCCACUAAAGAGGAGCUCCUGUCUUUGAUACAGUUGAUCUACGAGAAGCCGACACUUUCCAGCAAAGAAAAGACGCGUGUGCUGGCGCAGUUUUACAAAGCUCACCCUCAAGUUUUCAUACAGUUCUUUGGUAAUAAAUUAUCUAGUAUAAACUUGAUGCUAUGCUAAUUUAUAUUUAUUUAUGCCUAUAACUCUUGAUAAAGGAUGUGUGGCCCUGUGACAGACUAGCAACCCGUCUAGGGUGUACACCCCUUUCACCCAACAGUAGUUGGGACAGGCUCCGGCAACCUCGUGACCCCGAAAGGGAUAUAGCGGGUUAAGAAGAAGGAUGGAUAUCUUAAAUAAGGGAAUAAUAUUGUUUCUAAAAGUUCAUUUUGCUAAAAAAGAAUGUGAGUUAUGUGCUUAGAUUAACAGAGAGCUGCUUUUUUUUCAUUCUGGUGCAGGACACCAUUAUAAAAUGUAAAUUAGUGAUUUUUUAAAUAUUAUUUUUGUAACAUUUUCACUGUCAGUUUUAGCUGUAGCAGGGAAUCAUAAAUGGUGUUUGUGAAGUAAAUAUCAAUGCUCAGCAGGGCUGUGUGUUAGGAAGCCUCUGGACCGAAAAUGUGAACAUCUGUCGUCCUUUUUAAGGACUUCUAAUAGUUGUAGCAAGUAAAUAAAUAAAUCAAAUGUGAGUAAAAGUUUGUCAGAAAAAGCUUUGCUGCGUUUUAGUAGCUUCCUCAGUGCAUUGAAAUGAGGCUUGACUUUAGGAAAGUCAAUUAAGUUUUGAAAUAAACUUUUGCAAACAUUUAGAAGUAGCAUUCAGUUUUUGCAAAUUCCGCAUGAUUUGUACUUUUUUUUUUGCAGUGUUAGGUGUUUACCUCAUAAAUUAGUCAAAUCCAGCCGGUCAUUUUCUGACCAGCAGUGUUUAAUCCUCCUAAGCAGAUCUGGAAGUUGCUCCAAAAUCUGCUUCAGGCUGAAAACUGCAAAUUUUUGUUGGGAUUUUGUCUCUUGUGAUGAAUGUCUAAAACUUGAUGCAUGGGUUCGCUAAACGUAAUGCAGAAAUGUGACUUUUUGCUUGUGACACAAAUGGCAUCUGGGAUGUCAGGUAAUGUUUUGGAGCAUUUAAAGACCUAAAUAAAUGUUUGAAAUGCU